CUGGAAUCCAAAAUUGAAGUGUCGUCUUGGGAUCAGCCCAGGCUGGAAGCUGUUUGGGUUGGUCAUGUUAUCGAUCGUUUUGGAGUGCUGGAAGAUGCGGUGCGUGUGUACGGUAUUCGAAAAACAUACGUUGUGCUUUUGAAGCGAGUCAAGCAAAGCAUGGAAGCAAUCGAGAAUACAGGAGUAGUUCGUAGCAUCAAUUCCCGAGAGUUGGUUGUGGAUGUUUAUAUCCCGGAUGCAGAUUUUGCAAAUGGUCCCGAGCUAUCCGUUCCUUUACAUGUAUUCGAAACGGCUCCAGUGGUAGACAAUUCGUACGUAUUCAAGAUGUUCUUGAAGAAGGGACGCUGGUGUGUAACUAGUGUUACAAAGGCCGAGAAUUCCUCUGGUUCGCACCGCUCCAAUGGGUGCAUCCAGAAUGAAAGAAAGGAUCUGCCUGUUGUGGCGAAUUCAAGCCGCGAAUGCGCUGGAGGUUUCGAGCAUGACUCCUAUGUAGGUAUUGUUGUUGGUGAAGCGGAUAAAUGUCGAUUUAUUUGGACACCUUCGUUAGAGGGUGAAGGCAUAUGCAGCAUAUGGAAAAAUUUAGACAUUGGUGACUGGAUUCGAUUUUGGGUUAUGUAA